UCACGUUUUCGCAUCCCCCUCUCAGUCGGGAUUGCAGGUAAGGCAUCAUGGCAGCAACAACAUCGUUGACGUCACGGCUUGCUUCCCUUUCCCCUCUCUCUCUCUCUCUCUCUCUCUCUCUCUCUCUCUCUCUCUCUCUCUCUUUCUCUCUUUUUUUUUUCGUGCUUGCCACGUCAACAUGGUCCUAAAAUAUGUUAAGUCUGGGAAAGAGGACGGAGGCAAGGGGAGUGGGUCUACUGUCCUUUUCGUACCCUACGACGACGACGACGACGGCGUUGAAGACCUUGAAAGAAAGAUGGCUAUGGAGUUGCGUCGAGUGAUUGUGGAGGCCCACGAUGCCACCAUUCUUUGCGUGGCCUUCAAUCCAUGGAGGAGGGAGAUCUUCAGCGGCGGUCAAGACUCCCUUAUCAAGGUCUGGGAUAUGGAUUCCGGCCGCCAUAUCCGGACCUUUCAGAAGCAUCGGGGUUGGGUCACCGACCUCCUGUUUCCUCUCCCUGUCCGCUUUCUCUUCUCCUCCUCGUUGGACGGACACCUUCUUGUCUGGACCGAGAAGGGCAAGGAGGUGCAGUGCGUUACCAUCGGUGAGCCCAUCUUCUGUCUACAGUGGAAUGCCAAGAGGAGGCAGGUGAUUGCUGGGGGGGACAGCAUGCUCUUCCUCUACCGAACCACAAGGCUUAGCUUCGAUGACCUUAAGGCGGCAGACGGACGCGAUGCUCGGAUCAUUAGGCUGGUGGCCACGAUCAAUAGUCAUAACGACAUCGUGCGGGGCAUUUGUUGCUCAAAAAAUGGGAAGAUUUUCAGCGCCAGCUACGACAGGAGCAUAUGCACUUACGAGAGUGAGAGGCCUAAAGACUCUAACUUGGCCAUCGAAGGGGACAGGCCUCGCGUUAUAUGGUCCAAGUUCAAGAAGUGCCAUAAGGGGGCCAUAAGUUGCCUGGCCCUUGACACGGACAACAAUUGGCUGAUAAGUGGGGGCCUAGAUGGUACCAUGAAGAUUUGGAGCCAUGAAGGGAGGUGCUUGGACACCUUCGAGAACUUCACUGACUCCAUCACUAGUAUAGCAUACCUUACGUCUACGAAGACGUACUGGGUGACCGGCAAGUCCAGGAAGAUGAUCGCUUAUGACCCUCGAACCCCCGCCGAAAUCACCAGCUACAUUGCGCAAACCAGCCGGCUGAAGGACUUCCAGCUGACCAAGGUGUAUCAGUGCCCGCAGUCCGAUCUAGUCAUCGGGAUCUCUCAUAACGACGAGUUAAUAAUGUGGAGGUACAACCCGUGCGCCGCACUGAGGGUGAUGACAGGGCAUUCCGAUUGGGUCGAGUCUGUUGCUAUCGUAAAUAGACAAGCCCGUGAAGCGGCACGUGUCGAAACUGAGGCUCAGGAGUCUGUUCCUUCUGCUCCGGUGGCCGCCGCGGCUGCUGCUUCUCAGGACGUCGCCGGUCCUACUACGGGAGAUCCUGUUCCAGGUGGUGCAGUUUCUGGUGCGGAUGGUCCAAGUUCUGGUGCGGAUGGUGCAAGUUCUGGUGCUGAGGGUCCGGUUUCUGGUGCAGGGGAUGCGGUUUCUGCUCCAGGCGGUGCAGUUACUGAUGCAGUUUCUGGUCCCGGUGGUACAGUCGCUGCUCCAGAUGGUGUAGUGUCUGGUGGAGGUGGUGCAGUUUCUGGUCCAGGCAGUGCAGUUUCUGUUUCUGGUCCACGCGGUACAGUCGCCGCUCCAGAUGGUGUAGUGUCUGGUGGAGGUGGUGCAGUUUCUGCUUCGGGCAGUGCAGUUUCUGGUCCAGGCGGUGGAGUUUCUGCUUCAGCUGGUGCAGUCUCUGGUCCAGGCAGUACAGUUGCUGCUCCAGGCGGUGUAGUGUCUGGUGGAGGUGGUGGUGCAGUUUCUGCUCCGGGCGGUGGCGUUUCUGCUUCAGCUGGAGCAGUCUCUGGUGCAGGUGGUACAGUUGCUGCUCCAGGCGGUGUAGUGUCUGGUGGAGGUGGUGGUGCAGUUUCUGCUCCAGGCGGUGGAGUUUCUGCUUCAGCUGGUGCAAUUUCUUCUCCAAGCGGUGCAGUGUCUGGUGGAGGUGGUGCAGUUUCUGCUUCGGGCAGUGCAGUUUCUGCUCCAGCGGUGGAGUUUCUGCUUCAGCUGGUGCAAUUUCUUCUCCAAGCGGUGCAGUGUCUGGUGGAGGUGGUGCAGUUUCUGCUUCGGGCAGUGCAGUUUCUGCUCCAGGCGGUGGAGUUUCUGCUUCAGCUGGUGCAGUUUCUGGUCCAGGUGGUGCAAUUUCUGCUCCAAGCGGUGCAGCUUCUGGUGGAGGUGGUGCGGUUUCUGCAUCAGGCAGUGCAGUGUGGUGCAGUUUCUGCUGCAGACGGCGCAGUUUCUACUGGUGCUGGUGCAGUUUCUGCUCCAGAUGGUCCAGUAACUGCUGCAGGUGGCGUUGUUUCUGCUCCGGAUGGCCCAGGUGCCGCUGCCGGUGUUGUAGUUUCUGCUGCAGAUGCAGGCCAUGCAGUGAGUUCUGUUCCAGGUGCAGGUCUUUCGCCAGGCUCUGUUCCAGGUGCACUUCCUGCUGCUUCUGUUGCUGUUCCUGCUGCUGCCCCUGCCAAAGAAGAACCGGAUGGCAGUGUGGACGGCAGACGCGUGGCCACGCUGCCUGACGUAGGGGGCAACACGACAGCCAAUGCUGUUACCGCUGGCAACAGCGAAGGCGGGAAGACACACUCCUCCCCACCGCUUCCUCCUCUUCCUCCUCCUCCUACUUCUAAGAUUGCUAAUGCCACUGUAAGCACUAAUUCUGUCAGUGCUGCUGUUCUCCCUACUAUGUCACAGCCCGCUUCUUCCUCUGGACAUCCGGCGGAGCAUGGCAUUGCAGAGAUGCACAGCAGCGCAUCCAGAGGAGUUCAGUUUGCUCCCUUGCCAUCUAACAGCAGGACGGAUCAGAACGGGCAGCAGAAGAUGGAGGGAGUGGGCUCUCGCCCUGAUUCUUCCUCCCAUUCUGGGACAGAUCCAACUGGGACUAACCAAGCCACUCCGGGACUCACUGGCACAAGUCCUUCCCGGGCAACAAUGUCCUCCCCCUCCCCUGUGCAAGGGUCCCAGAAGGAAGAUGCGUCUGGCCCCAGCGUAGCCAAAACGGGGUUGAUGGGUGUGAAAUCGGCGUUGGCAGGUGAUGCACAAGCAGGCGGGCAAGGAGGGAGCGAGUUUGGCACAGCGACCGUGAACAGCAGGCAGACCUCGGCACCGUCGAACGACAUCCUGGAAGCAUCAAGUGUGGCCAAGGGUAAUGCUAAGGAGGGGGAGCAGGAAGAGAAGCAGAGAGGGAGAGGUGGAGGGAAAGUGGCAGAGAAGGGUCUGGAGGAGGAAGCCAAGGACGAAGAAGAAGCACGUGAUGCUGAGCAGCCACCUGACAUCAUCACCACCAUCAAUGUGUACACCGGAGGGGCUGAUGGUUUGCUUCUUAAUUGGUUGUCCAACACUCAGCACAGCUACAACUUGUUGACCAUCAACGAGGAGAUUUCGGGGCAUGAUGGCUCUAUCCUCAGCAUCGAUUACUGCGAGGACCUAGACUUGCUGAUCACAGGAUCAGAGGAUCGCACCAUUCGGAUCUGGAAUCUGGAUGGGAAACGGUUUCUUCCCAGUGGCGAUGGCAAUCCGUUCGAGGGGAACGUUCUGACUGGCCACGCGGAUCGUGUGGUCGGAGUGGUCUGCUGCAAGGAGCAGGUGCUUGUCAGCGUCUCUCAUGACAUGUCCAUUCGCUGGUGGGACCUCAACACGCGGCAGGAGACGCACGCGGUGGAGAAGGCGCACAACACUCCGAUCACAUCUGUGGCAUACAGCGCCGAUCGAGACGAGCUUGCGACAUGCGCUUCGGAGCCCUUAGCUAAGAUCUGGUCCAGCGACACCUACUCUCUAAAGGCCACGUUGACAGGUCUACCGGGUGACAUAGCCAACGUCAAAUGGAGCAGCAUGCAGAAAGGGAUCUGGGUGACGGGGGCAGACGAUGGCACGGUGGCCAUCUGGUCAGCGGAAACCGGGAAGCCUGUAACCAACACCUGCUUCACGGGGGAGUCAGUCACAUGCCUCUGUGUCGACGAGAUCAACGAGGUCAUCCUUGCUGGCAUGUCCAGCAACCUCAUCCGGGCCCUGGACAUCGAUCUGUCCACCACUUUACGCGUUUACGCAGGACAUUCGGAUGCCAUCCGAUGUAUAGUGCACAUCAAGGAGAAGGCGCAGUAUUUGUCAGCUUCCUGGGACAAAACGCUGCGAAUAUGGCUGGCCUACAAGACGAAGAAGAAGGAAGAUGCAUGGAAAGACGACCCCAACUUCAAGGAGGGAAUGGAAAAUGUUUGGGCAAGGGGGGGUGCGAUGGGGAACAUAGGGGGUUAUUUCCUGGAGGAAAGUUGCCCUCCCCAAGAGCAAUACAUCAGCAACUACGAGAGGGAGCAUCCCCUCGUCUAUCCGAAAACGAUGGUGUCCUAUGUUGGCUUCACCGUAAGGUUGGGGAAGGGUCCCAGCAGAGGACUGGGGUAUGCCGCAAGGGACAUAGGGGACGAAGUGGACGGGAGGGAGGGGCAAUCCGUUACCACGGCCGGGGGCCCUCUCACUGCCUCAAAAUCGGAGACCUCUCUGAAAUCCUCCUUACCUGGGGGAGCCCAAAACCAAGAACCCUUGCCUCCUAACUGCCCCGAAAUACUGGAGGCGAGGCUUGCGGAACUCGAGAAGGCUCUUCUUGCCCAGUUCUAUUCUAUCCCAGACGACCAUAGUCAAGGUUCUACAGACGAUAAGAUACUGAAUGGGAAGAGAGCCAGAAACGUGGCGUCAGCGUCCCAUACCAAGGGUCGCCGGCGGAAAAACUAUGCCGCAGCCAAGUCCCCUGUGAAACAAGCAGCGCGUGCCACCCGUGCGGCGGCUGUGUCCUCUCCAAGUCGUCGAGGCAAGCGCAGAGGCAACCGCACCAAGCCACGAUGAAAAUCUGCGGGACAGGUCACACGCCAUAUCCAUGGAACGGCUCAAGCCUCUGCUCAUACUGCUAAUUUUGAA